CUCGCUGAAAGCAUGCCAAGACAUCCAACGGCAACCGUUCGGUUUGCCGUUCUGGCAUGCGCGCAUGCCGAAGACAUCCAACAUUUAUCGCGCACUCCCUCCGUAGCCAUUUUGGCCCAAGUGGGCUGCAAGCCUUCCUUUGACUUCUUUUGACGUCCCCCUUGGAUCGGGAUCCUUUUGCCUUCCUUUUUGAUUUCUUGUGACUUCCAUUCAACACCUAGGGGCGAUGGCGCGACUCAUGCAGGCGUUCGUCUUCAUCGCCACCUGCGGCGCGCUCUCUUUCGAGCGCCACGACCCUGACUACAUUGACCCGGAGGACAUCAGGCAGUUCAGCCAGUCCAGCAGUUCGAUUACGAGCCGCAUCAACGGCGGAUCGAUCAAGGCCGACAGCGAGGCAGGGAGGCAGUUCGGCAGGGACGCGGCCAUCGCCGAGCAGGCCGCGGCGAGGGCCAGGGACGAGGCCGCGAGGCUCAUACGGGAGGACGCCGACAAGGACGUCACGGAGCGCCAGAUGGAAGCCAUGAGCAGGCAUGCCGAGUCUCUGACAAAGAGGGAGGAGCGAGAGGAGAUGAUGCUGGAGAAGGUGGUCGACUCCAUGGAGAAGGAGGGCGACUCGGAGGACCGCGCCGUGGAGGAUAUCGAGAGGGUCGGCGAGAAGCUGGAGAGCAAGGAGGUGCAGUGGGAGAGGGGCAGGAAGAUCGAGGAGCUGCGUGGCGCGGACGGGCAGUGGUUCGAGGACCCGGUCUUCAAGAACGAGGAGCUUCGCGAGCGCAGCCAGGACGCGGACUUCGCCCGCGAGGAGAGCCAGGCGACCCGCCUGCUGGUGCAGGCGCGCAAGCAGGUGGACAGCGCCAAGGCGCGGGAGAAGCUGGAGCUGCACCGCCGAGACGCCCUGGAGCACGAGUCGCGCGCCCGCCUCGGGCAGGAGGCCAAUGCCCUGCGGCACGCCGCGGCAAUGAACGGCACCUUGUUCAGGGAUGAAAUCCUGCAGGCCCUCGACAUCUCCAAGAAGGAGCUGAACAAGAUCACCGACACACUCUCUGGCUGGAGGAACGACAGCGUGAGCGGCGUUUGGAUUGAGGGGCGCCUGGACGAGUCUCGCGCCAAGGCUGCCGCCGCCUCGGCCAAGAUGCUAGAGGCGAUCAGGUACAACGUGGAGACCUUCAAGGCGCACCACCAGGACUACAACGACCACCAAUUCCUGGCGCGGCUCGCCCAUCUUCUCAAUGAGACCAAGGCAGAGGUCACUGGCGUCGAGAACUUCGACGACGUGCUCAUGGGCAAGCUUCGGCACUGGGACGCGAGCAACAAUGAGACGCUCACCUACGACAUGGCCGUGGCCCUCCAGGGAGUGACGCGCAGCGUCGAGUUCAAGAACCACCUCAUGCGGAUGGACACGGCUCGCCUGGCUCACGCGAGCACGAGCGAGGCGUGCGCCUUGCUCAGCAAGAUGGUCCAGGCCAACCUGCAGCCGGCGUGCAGGGGCAUCGAGCUCCAGAGACAGUCUCUCGACAGCCUCAGCAAGGUCGCACCGAGCAUCACCGCGCACAUGCCGGACUUCGUCCAGAGCACCAUGAUCAACCGCACCGCCUCCGUCCUGAACAUGGCUUUCGUGGAGCACCUGGCGCUCAAGGAGGCCGCGACCGUCAUCGCGCAGGACGCCGUGCCGCUGGUCCUGGAGCGCCUCCGGUGCGCUGCGAGCGGCGCGGAGCGAGCGGCGGCGCCGGCGCUGCUGGCGCUGCUGGGCGCGGCGGCGGCGUGGCUGGCGCAGUGAGCCAGAGAAUUUCCCCCGCGGGCGCGCCCAGCAGGGCGCGCUCACGGAGGGCCGUGCGCCUCGCGCCGCCACAAAGGGCGGUGGCGAGGAGCCGAUGGGGGGGAGGAG